AUGAGCAACCAACUUCCACCUCGACCGCCGUCGCGUCGUCAACCUCUCGGAGAAGCGACUCGUAGAGUCAACAAUGCUCAACAGCCGCAAUCCAUGCCACACCAUGAAAGCCUCAAAGUUGAUGGCCUGCUUCAGGUACACAAACCUUCCUCCCCAUCUCCGCUAUCCCAGGGCGAGACUUAUCGCGACGCCUCGAGAGGAUCUCCUGCGAACCCUAGGCUCUCUGCCAUAUCCAAGGAUUACCAGGGAACCGAUUCCAACCGCAACUCGCAAAUAUCCACGGUAUCUACCAACGCUUCUGAUGGUAAGCGCAUAAAACAGUGCAUUGGGCCUUGGAAGCUGGGGAAGACUCUAGGCAAAGGAGCAACUGCUAGGGUUCGGUUGGCCAGACAUGCAUAUACUGGUCAAGAGGCCGCGAUUAAGAUUGUUCAAAAGAAGAAUGCGAUAAUGUCUCAGGCUGGUAGUCUCGCUGAUAUCGCCGAUACCACCGCAUCGGAUUUUGACGAGAGCUUCCGACGAAUGCCUGUGGGCAUUGAACGAGAAGUUACUAUUAUGAAGCUCAUCCAACAUCCCAACAUUUUGAAGCUGUAUGAUAUAUGGGAAAAUCGUACCGAGAUAUACCUGGUCCUCGAGUACGUCGACAACGGAGAACUAUUCGAACACAUAUCCACAAAAGGGAGACUUUCAGAGGCGGAGGCGGUCCGCUACUUCCGUCAAAUUCUAAGCGCUGUCGGUUAUUGUCAUUCAAUGAAUAUAUGUCACCGAGACUUAAAGCCGGAGAAUAUCUUGUUGACAAGAGGUGGAGAUAUCAAGAUAGCUGAUUUUGGCAUGGCCGCGCUACAUCAAAGCCCAGAUCACAAAUUAAAAACAUCGUGCGGCAGCCCGCAUUACGCCGCUCCAGAACUAAUUCGUGGUUCUAACUACCGUGGAGACAAAGUGGACAUAUGGAGUAUGGGAGUUAUACUCUACGCCACGCUUGCUGGAAGGCUGCCUUUCGAUGUCGACGGAAAUUCAAAAGAUUGGUUACAGCCUCUUUUACAAAAAAUUCGCAAAGGCCAAUAUGAAAUGGCACCGGAGUUCAGCAAGGAUACCGUUAGUCUCAUCUGGAGGAUGUUACAAGUCGAUCCUCGGAACAGAAUCAACCUAAACCAAAUAUGGAGACACCCACUGGUCAGAAAGUACGAGUACCUAGAUGACUUGGGCAAAGGUAAUCAGUCAAUGUCGCCGAGCGCUAUGGACUGCGCUAGGCCUGUCAUGCGCCGAAGUGAGAUUAACAAGGAGUUGCUCCAUCAUAUGAGAUCUUUGUGGCAUAAAUAUACUGAACAGCAGUUGCUUGAUGCUUUGCUAAGUGAAGAGCCCAAUGAGCAGAAGCUAUUCUACACCCUCUUGCUGAAGCACCGAGAAACACAACUCGAAAACUACAUUCCAGAUUUGGCGAGUUCAGCUAGUGACUACCACCAUGCCAGACCUCUCGCGAUGACAAAGACGUACUCUACUUGCAAUUUUUCUCAAGUCAAUACCAAAGGACGUGGACGUCAAGUCUCUCGCUUCACAGUGAUUAGCAAUGCAGCGGAAACAGAAAAGAGUUAUGAUCCCUUUAAAGCAUCUCGACCCCAGCAUCUAGACGCCAUGCGAGAGGCUGAAGGUGUCAAAGUAGUCAUCCAUCGUGAUCAAGAUAGCGGCGAGGAUGAAGCAUCGCUCAAAAUGCGUAUCCCUUCCAAAAAUUCUGUUAGCAAUGCCAAAGACCGUGGCAGACAGAGGCCUGUUCACCCUAGAAUGUACGCAUCAAGAAGCUCGAUGGCAAGCUCAAGCAGAAGUCGUGGUAGCGCCGUGUACUCGCGAGCUGUGAUUGUUGGUCGCAAGCGUGGGGUUAGCUUUACGCAUCUCAGGAGACUAUCUGGUGAAAGUAGAGUCAAUCUAUCGAGUAGCCCACACAAUUUCAAGGCGGGUCGGCAUAGUAACCACACCGAGGUCACUGACGAUGGCGGGGACAUCAUUCGGCCGGUAAAUGCUAUCUCAGCAUCAGCGCAAUACAUCCGGUCGAAGAAAGGACAAAUAGUGGCUGUGAAGCCGCUUCUAGCAGCGCCGAAAAAUGGUCGUGGAAGUCAGAUAUGGACUGAAGAUGUGCGACAACUAAGCACCAGUCUUGCCAAGGACUGUGAUGAGGCUUUUAACAGAACAUCGAUCGUGCCCGGUUCUAAGGGGCGGAAGUUGAAGCGUGCUUCACUUGAUUCUCGACCAUUGCCACCACCGCCAGCUCGGUCUGAUUCUGUCAAAAUGGAACUAAUGGAAUAUCGUAAGCAGGCAGAGCUACGAAAGCAUUAUGGAGGAGGUGGCUCGCCCGGCCAUCUAGAUCGUAUGGUAUCGCAUUUCGACACUUUGAUACAACAAACUUCUCCAACGAAAGUGGGUUCUACUCGGAGAGCAAUUUCGACGCCCGUGGAAGCAAAACAUAGAGCACCAGCACGUCCACUUCCCUCUAUUCAUGAAGCACGAGGUGAAGACACAUCCCCUCGAAAAUCUUCACAUACUCGGAAAGAGUAUGGCAAGCCUAGAGUUGAAGCAGCCAAGAGCAGCCGCAUAGCAUCAGCUCCUGAGCCGAGAACUGCCACGACUCAAUAUUCCGAGGACUACUUUUCAAAACAAGCUUCUCAGAUAAAAGACACUAUCCGCGUCGUGCCGCCAUCUUCUCCUAUGAGCCCGGUAAAAGUCCCGGCGCCUCUAAGUAUUCGAAAGAAGAGUUCGAAGGGGGGCGGUGCCGUGCCUAUGAUGAGCGGUGGGUUAGACUACAAUUCUGCUGGGAAGAACAAUCACCGCACCUCUACAUUGGAGCUCCGACAGCAGUACAUUGCUGGCGGCGAGCAAGGACGAUCUGAACUGGAAACAAUAGACGAGCAUCAAUACAACACCCAGAGUGAAAAUGUCGGUCAUGACACCAGUCUAGGCACAAUAGUUAGGAAAAAGUCUAGUUGGUUCAAACGAAACUCAAGAAGUGGCUCGAUAGAAUUGAAGAAUUCGGAGGCCGCUUCCGACUCCUUACUUUCCGAGGCUUCGAGUAAGAAUACUGCCGACGACUUUCACAACCCUCGUCCACUACCAGUACCAGCAAAGAAUAAAGGAUUCAGUUUGCGCCGCCUCUUCAAGAAACGAAAUUCGAAGCCAGACAUGACAGUUAGCCCUUAUGAUAUUUACGACGACAAUACAGACACUCAAGUCUCGAUGGCUGACGUACAGCAGCAAGCGCAUGCUGCUCGUAGUGCACAUCAUGAUGAUCCACGAGCCCGACAGAUAGAACCCCAACAGAACUGGUUCGCCAAGCUAUUCAAUGUCAAGCCAGCAACAAAGUACAUAUGUUUUUCCGUCUCCAGACGGCGAGCUCGACAAGAGAUUACGAGUGUACUGCGCGAAUGGAGACGAUAUGGUAUUCGUGACGUUCAAGUUGAUAAAGAGCGGAAUAUCGUGUUUGGCAAAGUUGGAGCUAAGAAUUUUCUGGAUAUGAAAGAGGUCGCUUUUGCAGCUGAAGUGAUGACGGUAAUCGAACAUGGAAAACGAUCUGCUCUCAGUAUCGCACGAUUUACACAGGAAAGAGGUGCUGCGAGCAGCUUCCAAAAAGUUGUGGAAACAAUGGAAAGCGUACUGAAGUGUCGUGGCGAUGUGGGCAUCUUUGGUUGGAGACCGCAAGACUUUUACUAUUUCGUUCAACCUUUCUAA